GCAGAAAACCGAUAUGAGUUCACAAGGAAACACUAACAUUUAGCUUUUCAUUAUCCCUGCUUCUUCAUUAAGACAUGAAAUCUGCUAACGUUUAGGAAAAUUUAUCAUUUUAAUAGUUUUCUUUCCACAUUUUCUGACUUUCAUUAAUUUAUAAUGGGAUUACGCGCAUUUGGCACUUUUUACGCAUGCUUCUGUAUAUUUGUUGUGCUCCUGCAAUUAUGCUGCUCUCAGAGGAAUCCGGGUGGGCAACAAAGAAAUGACCGCAGAGGCGCUUUUCGGCAGACGCUGCAGUGGUCUCACAACGGCAAGGUUUUCAGCCUUUUAAGCCAGGGUUCAGAGUACGUCCCUCCGAAGCGCAGGGGCGCAGCGCAAGAAGAGGAACAGCCUCGACCUGUCGCCAUCAUCCGAGAUGCGGACGUGAGACACCAGGAUUCCCCGAGUCAGCAGCAGCAGCAACAGCCUCCCCGAAGCCUCCUGACUCUUGUGAGAGGGCAAGAGCACCGUCAGCAUCUUCACCAGGAACGACCCGCGGAGCUCACCAGAGCGCAAAGGAACCGCACAUCCAAUGCGAGCCAGGAAAAUGUCCAAGUCAGUCCGCCUCUGCCCAGAGUUAAUGACAUGAUGGUCGGUGAUGACCCUUACGAUCCAUACAAGUCCAUUGACAAUAAUAAUCCAUAUUACAAUUAUUAUGAUGUUUAUGAGAGACCAAGACCAAGGUCAAGACCUGGAUAUGGCACAAGGUAUCAUCAGUAUGGUCUCCCUGAUCUUGUGCCUGACCCAUACUACAUUCAAGCUUCAGUUUAUGUCCAAAGGGCACCAAUGUACAACCUGAGAUGUGCAGCUGAGGAAAACUGUUUGUCAAGUUCAGCGUAUGGAGCAAGAGACUAUGACACCAGAGUGCUGCUGAGGUUUCCCCAGAGAGUUAAGAACCAGGGCACCGCUGACUUCCUCCCAAGCAGGCCACGCUACUCCUGGGAGUGGCACAGCUGCCACCAGCACUACCACAGCAUGGAUGAGUUCAGCCAUUACGAACUGCUGGAUGCCACCACUCAGCACUCGGUGGCAGAGGGCCACAAGGCUAGCUUCUGCUUGGAGGACACCUCCUGUGAUUACGGAUACUACAGGAGAUACGCCUGCACGUCACACACCCAGGUCACAAAAUGAGCUCCGGUUUUGUAACCUUU